CCAAUGCUAAGGGAAGUUGAAGAAAAUAACAAUGGUAAAUUGUUCUAAAUAACAUGAAGGCAAGGACUAAAAGACAUACAACUAUAUCGUGUUGCUAUUGGAAAGAUUCCAUUACACAGAGAUGCAAAGGGAAAACCACAGUCAUUUGCCUCUGCAUUCAUCUCCCUGGUGCAAGUGGGCAUUGUUCUGUACCCCAUGGCGGGAUUAGAAAUACUGCCAGGGAACAAGUACACAAAGUUGUUAAGGAAACCAGAAUGCAUCAGCUCAGAGUUAUUUACAGAGAACUUUCAGGAUUAUCACAUUCAAUAAAAUCAACUCUGUUUAAACAUGCUUCACUGCUUGCCAGUACAUCCCAAUCACGUAUCUAUUUUGAAGGGUCUUUCAAUCAGCUGCACUUGAGUAAAAAUUCAAGAGUCAGUGAAUGAUGGUCACAUCACAAAAGUGUAAUUUAUGUGUGGCAUUUCUGUAUUACAUGUUUGAUCUUGUUCACACUUGCCCCAACCAUUGUCAAGUUCGUUGGCCUCUGUAAUAUUGGAACAAGGUGGCUGUUGACUGCCAUUGAUAGAGAGACAUUUCCUCCAAUGCAGCUGUUGUCUGUGUUACCCAAUACUGAUACAGCAGGACUUGUCUCUUCACAUUCUCUCCACUCAGCUUUCAAGCUAGAUAGUAACACUGCCUCUGGCCAUCGUUUUUGUCCUUAAUUGUGAAUUGGAAUUUUUCCAGCUAUCCAAUUCUUUGAAAAAAGUUGCAGGGUUGUUUGUUUGUUGAGAGAAUGAGGAUUUUCAUAGCCUUUGAGGGAUCUUUUGAACCAUUUGAUGUUUCAGCAGAUGAAACUGUGGAGGCUGUCAAGCUGAUGAUAAAGGAUUAUUUCCACAUUCCUCUCUCUGAAGAUGAACAAGGCAGGCGGUAUCUGGAGCUGAUGUAUGCUGGAGCAGCCCUAAAGGACAGCUGGAGUCUUGCGGAUGUUGGAAUAUCUUUUUGUUCAACUCUCAAAUGCUUUGUUAAGGAAGAAGAUAAGCCAACUCUCUAUGUGUUCAAUGCUGUGACCCAAGAGACAAUGCCAAUGAUGGAGAACAUCUCCCUUCUUAGUAAAAAAGUGUCUGAUCUGAGAACACUGGUAGCUCUGAGAUGUGGCUUUCCCGUGAGUGUCUUCUGUCUCCGGACCCCAAACGGAAUGGAGAUGUAUGACUGCAACACCCUCAGGGACUACCAAACAGACAUCGGCACAACACUUCGUUUGGACGUCUGGGAUGGAUGGAAGGAAUUUCUGAUGGGUUGUCUUCUGGGACAAAAACUUAAAGUCCAACGCUAUUUAUCAAAUGAAGGACGAGUACUCAAGUAUCAGAAAAAGGUAGCUCUGUUCAUCGCUGCCUUCUAUGGGUACAUCGAGCUCACUGAAUGGGCCCUGAAGCAGGGCGUGCGGCCCGAUGAGGCUGUCGGUGUUCACCCCUAUCGAGCAUGGUGCCAUGAAGCCCUUCAUGCAGAUGUCUCUAAAUGCCCCAUUCAUGCAGCUGCAGAAGCGGGCCAACUGUUGAUUCUGAAGGCCUUUGUCAACUGCAGCGUGCUGUGCCUGGAAUGUAAAAACGCAGCGGGGCAAAUCCCCCUGACCAUCGCAUUUAAACACAAGCAUAAAGACUGUGUGUUGUAUUUAUUGAGCAAAAUGUGGUCCACGGUUUCUUUUCCGAAAAUAUCAGUUCCCAUGAGGAUUUAUAUUAAAAUAAAACAAUGGGUCCUCAAAUCUCAGAGUCACAACCUUAAUAAAAGCCAGCUUUGCGGCGCAAGGGUCCUUGGGGCAAAAGUUGGAGACACUGUGAUGGUGGAUGGUUUCACCACACCACAAAUGACCUCCAAGGGCUGGCAUAAGGCUCAGAACAAGGACUCACAAAGCACUGUGAGUAAGCUACCACCUCUCAAGGAAGAAACUGCAAGCAAGAAACCUAUCAAUCCUUUGGCAAUUUCACAGCAGAUCACAAGACGACAAACCUUGAAAUUACCUCCACCGGUAGAUGCAAAUACGUUCUUUAAAUUACAAAGACAGCAACAACAAAAUCAGAAAAAAAUUACUGCUGCAGCUAAGAAAAAAGAAAAGUUCAUAAAAAAUACAUAUCUCCCUCAAGUCCCCCUCCCUCCAGUUUCAAGAGUGGGCUAUUCACACCCAUCUUUUUACUAUGCAACACCCAGUGCUGACUUUUUACUCAAAUCGUCCUUUGCGUGCUUCUCAGAGCACAGUGGUAAGACUCCAAGGGAGAACGCCAUCUACUGCUUAGCCGUGGCCAGUGCCUUUAAAGAGAAACGAUGGCUUCAGCAGUUAGGAAUAGCAAGAGUUCUAGCCAAAAAGAGCAUUUCUAACCUGACCACACAAGGAGGCCUGACAGCAUGUGAAAAUCUUCCAGAAAUUGUGCUUUGAAGAGUCAUGACAACCUCAGUUUGGGCAAAGACCUGAUCAAACAGAACCUUCAGUUCUAAUGUUAACAUUUCAAGUAAUUAAUGCUAUAAGUUCUAAUAAUAGUUCUAAUGCUACACAACUAUCAACAGGAUAUUUAAUAUCUAACACCAGGUUUUCUUGAAUUCCAUCACUGGCAGUGAACAUUCCAGGCAUGUGUUUUGCAUAGUUUGAGAAAAGAAUCUAUAAGCAAUGGAAGGUAGUAGUCGCCUUACAGAGUAGGGAAACUGGAAGGAUGGGAACAAAGAAUGGGGGUGAGAACUUUUACAGUUUCUCUUUUUUUGUUUUCCUGGGUUUAUUUUUAAUGCUUUCUUUUUUUUUUAAACCAUAUUAAUGUAGAACAUAAUAAAAAUAAAUUCAUUUUAAAAGUAGGACGGUUACAAACAUCCUCCUACAAAAGUCAAGUUCUGGUCUUAGAUAUCUUUUGAACUUCUGCUAAAACAUUGCUUUCCAUUAAUUUUUUUAAAUUGAUACACACAGUGAAUUGCACAAA